AUGUCAAUUUUCAAAGCACGGGAAUGGCUCACAGUCCAUGUCGGGUCAGAGGAGGAAUUCGGACCAGACAGCGUGUUGGUGGCAAACAUCGACAAUAAUGGGAAUGGACAUCAGCGUGUGAUCGUUGGAGGAUUCCAAGGUUCGCUGGCAAUCCUCGGACCUUCAUGGCGCACCGGCGACGAUGCGGAUGUACUUCCCUCGCCGGACGAAAUCAUCCUUGAAACCAUUCUUGAUGCUCCAGUUUUGAAAGUAGCUUUCGGAAAAUUUUCAGCUGCGGUGGAUAAAUCCUGCUUGGCCGUUCUUCAUCCGAGAAAAGUCUGCGUUUACUUCGUAAUGCCUGCUGACGGAAACGUAGCGUAUGGGAAACAGUAUACCUUGAGCCUUAGCUAUCAGCAUAAUCUGGAUAGGAAUGCCUUUACAUUUACGCAUGGGCCAUUCGGUGGGGUGAAAGGAAAGGAUUUUCUUUGCGUUUUGUCUCUCGACGGUACGCUGACGGUGUUCGAACAAGAAACGCAUGCGUUCUCACGCUUUUUACCAAAUUUCCUUCUCCCUGGCCCGAUUGUCUACCUGAACACGAUUGAUGCAUUCGUCGUGGCUUCGUCCGACUUUGGAAUAGAAUGUUACAAGUACAAAUCUCUUGCAAUUCCUACCAGUCUGUACAACCCAGAAGUUCUAGCCGCCAAGCGACUCAACGCGGACUGGGUGUAUAAUUUCGGAGAGCAAGUUUUAGACCUCAAGCUGGUCGAGUUUGAGGCAAAAACUGUAAUUGUAGCUCUAUGCGAUCGUUCCUUGUAUGCAAUUGAAGAUUACGGUGUUCUUAGAUUUGCGAAGUCCUUUGAGUAUGCACCGAUCGCCUUCACUUUGUAUGCCCACGACUAUGAGGACACCGUAAUGACACUAGUUGCAUCUGCGGUCACGCAAACCCUGCUGGUCUAUAAAGAAAACGUUUUGAAGUGGAUGUGUCAGCUACCCUUCACCCCCAUCGCAAUUACUAGAGGAGACUUCAGUGGACUAAGAGGAAGCAUAGUCGCAGUCUCAGAUGUCGGUUGUUGUGUUUGCUGCUACUUGGGAACAGAUCCAUCUCUUUUUGUUGCGCCUGCAUUGGAUACCCGUGAUAUUGAUUACGGUUCUGCAGACGAGGAGUUGAAGGAAUUGCACAAAGCCAUCCGGGAUGCUAGUAAAUCGACGCAUGGACAACUGCUGUCUAACCGCAAAGAGAAAGAAUUGUUCGCGACGUGGAGCAUCCUGAAUGAAAUUUGCGUUUGUCAGUACGAAACUGCGAUUGAAGAUGGCGUCAUGAUUGGCGCUAAAAUAACUUUGUCUUCUCCAUUACCGUUGAAUUCAGUGCGACUCGCGAUUGAUGUUCCGCGUCCGCUCGCAGUUUCCAAAGAAGUUUUUGCCAUUCCUAGUUUGAAGGACGAAUGGAUGACAGAAGUUGAUUUCUACCAAUGCAACGCCUUCUUGCCUAGUUCAAUGGAAGCAACGAUAGUCGUCACGUAUUCGUCAGGCUCCGCUCCCCGUGUAGAACGUUCGAAGAUGAAACUCCCCUUGACUCUCGUUGGCAAAGCUGUUUGUCCUGUUCGUGAAGCUGACUAUAAAAUCACUUUAGCUACCAGCCAAACAUUUGUAAAUUUGUGCGCGAUUUUCAAUGAAUUCGAAGUGGUUGAGGGAAGCAGUGCAACUGCGUUUGCGUUCCAGUUUUUCUGCGGUCCCACGGUAACCGUUCUGGCGUCAAAGAAUUCUCAGAAAUAUCGACUUCAGUCCGACGACCUUCCUGCCCUUUGGCUGUUGGUUGACGUGCUCGUUUCUCGCGUAGAAGCUAAGUUCGCAUCGCAGAAGGAAGACGUUUGUUCUUUUGCUUCGACGUUGCCGUUGCACGAAGUCUAUUUGGAGAUGGACGCACAUUUUGAAGCAAAAAUGCGAUUUGAAGCCAGUAAAGCAACACUGGGCCAGAGAGCCGGUCAGUUCAGAGCUAUUCAAAGAAGGCUUUUGAUUCAGCUGCGAGAAAAGACACCAGUUCCUCUGACGAAUUUGGAUUCAAUUUUAGAAGGAACAUUUCAACAGAUUGUGGAAUUGGAAAAGGACGUUCGCAUGCAAGAAAAUCGCGUCUAUCAGUGCAUAAGUCGUUUAGCUUGCUGUUUGAAUCUUCUGCUUCUUCUCGUGAAAAUCAUGACUCGGAUGGAUGAGGAUGAAUAUCGCAUUCUCAUCUCGGCGAUCGUCCCUCCAAUGCGAGCCGGUGGGAGUCAAGCAUGGGAAGCUCUCACUGAUACGACUCUGGUUCAUUUGCUAAAAACGCAAUUGAACAAAACGGGUGUAACUGCAAAACAAGGCCUCGAAAGUGUGUCUGCGCUUGUAGCCAGCGCAGGGGUUCAAGGCAAUUCUAAAUUUGAUUUGAAAGACUUGCCGAAGUUGAAGAAACACCUUGCCGCAGUUUUUGAUAAAUUGCAGAAAGGUGGUCGGGUUUCAAAUGAUUUGAAAGUUAAAUCGGGAAAAGAAGCGAAUCCGUUUAUGUUGGAAGCUUUUGAUCGGGAUGGUACCGAUGACCAGGAAGCUUCAGUCCCGAAAGCCACCAGACUUGGUUCUGCGAAAGGCCGAAUUUCUUCUGGCGUUCGGCGAAACUUGUCGGCCACAAUAGCGGAAUCAGAUCUCGAAAUACCUCCUGCUUUACCUGAUGAACCAGACGAAAGCAAGGCUGGAGAUUGGUGA